AAGUGUUCUCCGUUGGCUGUUGAGGGUGGUCUUGUAAUCGAUUCGGUGACAGUUGCGCUUAGCGCUUCCGGUUCCUUGGAAGCAUUUUGAGCAUUUCGUGGGAUUUUUGUCGUGCUGGGGUUAAUGGGGGUGGCUGGCGAGACUGCAAAACGGCACGAAAUGCGUUAAAUGAAGAUGUAUGAAAUUGUUUAACACAUGAUUGUCGUGGGAGCAUGCGCGGGUGCAGCUGAACAUCCUCGAGGCCGGCAGUCAGCGGCGCAACGGGGUCGCACGAGGAACCCCGCGUAAUGUCCGGGAGUGAGCCAGCGGUGACCGCGGGGCGAUGCUAGUCAGCUCAGACCUAUGUCUGUCAGGAGCCUCCAUCGCCGGGUGUCAGGACCCGGGGGAUAUGUGCAGCACUUCCACAACCAAAACGGAGAGAAAACUUUGCUUAUCACAAAGGCUAGGUCAGCAGAACAGUCGGUCAUAUGGAGAAACGUCGCCUUUACACACUAAGGACGGUGGCGGGGACGGUGGAGAAAGACGCGGUGGAGCUCGGCGCGUGCCCAGUCUCCGGCUAGCGAACGGACGGGUGGCCGCGGCUCAGUCCGAAGAAGAGAUCCGUUCGCCGCCGCCGCGCCGCUUGGCCAAGGAUGACUCCAUCAAGAUCAGCAUCGAGAACACCAACACGUGCACCGACUCCCUGGUGACCGCACUCGAUGACGAGACGCUGCUCAUCGCGGACUACCUCUCCAACGACAUGAACUACAAGGGCAGCGGCAAGGUCCACUUCGGCGUGGACGAUGUCUCGCUCUACGGCACCCCCAAGGAGGAACCGGGGCCCACUCCCCUCGGCUCCGCCGAAGCCGGGAAACAGAGCUUCAUCAAGAACCAACUGCAGGCCCUCUUUCAGCCCACUGACAACAAACUCGCCAUGAAACUCUUCGGAUCCAAGAAGGCACUCAUGAAGGAGCGGAUACGGCAGAAGGCCGCCGGACACUGGGUCAUCCAUCCAUGCUCCAGCUUUCGAUUUUACUGGGAUUUGUGUAUGCUUCUGUUGUUAGUGGCCAACCUCAUAAUUCUACCGGUGGCUAUAAGUUUUUUCAACGAUGACUUGAGCACCCGCUGGAUUGCCUUUAACUGUCUGUCCGAUACAAUAUUUCUAAUCGAUAUUGUAGUCAAUUUUAGAACAGGGAUAAUGCAGCAAGAUAACGCUGAACAGGUCAUUCUCGACCCCAAGUUGAUAGCGAAACACUACCUGAGGACGUGGUUUUUCCUCGACCUCAUCUCGUCCAUCCCCUUAGAUUAUAUUUUUCUUAUAUUUAAUCAAUUCCAGGAUUACGGCGACAGUUUCCAGAUUCUCCACGCGGGCCGCGCCUUACGAAUCUUGCGGCUCGCGAAAUUGUUAUCACUAGUGCGACUGCUGCGAUUAUCCCGUCUUGUAAGAUAUGUCAGUCAAUGGGAAGAAGUUUAUAUACCUAUGUACCAGCACCCGCCUGGGCGACAGGCAGAGUACGCUCCCGACGGUACCCCAAUCCCUCCACCUAGAGACAGGACAACCGAGAUCUUGCAGAAUCUCCAAAAAAAGCGAACGGAACGAAGGGGGCGCCUCAGUUCGGACCUCAACAAGUCUAAUUACACCAAAAGCAAUCUCAUCUUUAAGUUUUUAAAUAUGGCGAGUGUUUUCAUGAGGAUAUUCAAUCUAAUAUGUAUGAUGUUGCUGAUUGGUCACUGGUCCGGCUGUCUCCAGUUCUUAGUACCCAUGCUCCAGGGAUUCCCCGCCAAUUCUUGGGUGGCAAUCAACGAAUUACAGGAGGCAUUCUGGCUGGAGCAAUAUUCGUGGGCCUUAUUCAAAGCCAUGUCGCAUAUGCUUUGCAUCGGUUACGGCCGGUUUCCACCCCAGUCGUUGACAGAUAUGUGGUUGACGAUGCUAUCCAUGAUAUCUGGAGCCACAUGUUAUGCCCUGUUCCUGGGUCACGCCACCAACCUCAUCCAAAGUUUGGAUUCCUCAAGGAGGCAGUAUCGCGAGAAGGUGAAGCAAGUGGAAGAGUACAUGGCAUACCGGAAGCUGCCUCGGGAAAUGCGUCAACGCAUCACCGAAUACUUCGAGCAUCGGUACCAGGGCAAGUUCUUCGACGAGGAGUGUAUCCUGGGCGAGCUGUCGGAGAAGCUGCGCGAGGACGUUAUUAACUACAAUUGUCGGUCGUUGGUGGCGUCGGUUCCAUUCUUUGCUAAUGCCGACUCGAAUUUCGUUUCUGAUGUCGUAACUAAGUUGAAAUAUGAAGUCUUCCAACCAGGCGAUAUUAUAAUAAAAGAGGGAACGAUCGGUUCCAAAAUGUACUUCAUACAAGAAGGUAUUGUCGAUAUUGUUAUGGCGAACGGCGAAGUAGCCACAAGCCUCAGUGAUGGCUCAUAUUUCGGCGAAAUUUGCUUGUUGACGAAUGCGAGACGUGUAGCCUCUGUGAGGGCAGAAACUUAUUGCAACUUAUUUUCGCUAUCUGUUGAUCAUUUUAACGCUGUACUCGAUCAGUACCCACUUAUGCGACGCACAAUGGAAUCUGUCGCCGCGGAGAGGUCAGUGCGUUGGUUGAACAAGAUCGGCAAGAACCCCAACCUGCUGGCGCACAGAGAGGAGGACCUGGGCAGCGAGAGCAAGACCAUCAACGCCGUGGUGAACGCGCUCGCGGCGGAGGCCGACCACGUCAACAUGUCCGACGAGUCGAUGGCGCGCCUGCACUCCAGCGAGCGCAGCCUCCAGGAGCUGGGGCGCACGCUGCAGCGGCUGACGCUGCCGCGGCCCAAGUCCGAGAACAACUUCGCCUCGCAGGACAUGCCCCUGGCGCGGGGCGAGCACAACGGCCGGCCUUCCUUUCACAAAUCCGACACAUUUCACAAGGAGUCGGCGUUCCAAUGACGCCACUCCACGCACUAGUGCUCGGGGUUACCAGGACAGCUGUGUCAACUGCCGGUGCUGGCGCUCGCCACGGCGGCACUGGCAAUUCGCACAGACCGCCGCUGAACUGACGACAAACUUGGGGUGCUGGUGCGUGCCGCUUUGCUGUGUCUUGUAUUAAGCAAUACGUGCGACGGACGUUAUGCUAGAAUUGUGCAAUAUUAGAUACUACAUUAAGUUAGCUUUAAUUAUUAGGUGCUCAAUAAAUUUAAUUAUCCUAGAAUAACACCGCCCGGUUUUUGGCAGAACGCACCAGCAGCUGGACAAUUUAUUGCAAACACGCGCAAACUACCGCGAUCAUAUCAACUUUUGUAGUUACAAUCAGUGUCAGAUUGUUGACAAAGGACCUCGAAUUAAUGACAAUGUUUUAAUUUAACAAAAUACAAUAAAAAUAUAAAUGAAAAAACAGUAGUGUCCUGGAAUACUGGAAGAUGCUUUUGCAUUAAACUAACCAAUAUCGUUUUAUUUGUUUUGAUUCAAAAGAACCGUUGUGGUUGGUUUUGUUUUUUAUAUAUUUCUUCUGAAAUAAACCUUCAGCAAAAGGUGUUUAGUGACUUUUUCAAAAAAAGAUAGGGUAAUAAUGUAAUGAAAGACUUAAUAAUUUUCAAAUGCAAGAGCAUCAUUAAAAAACUUUAAAAUAUGUGACCAUAAUAAAACUUUAUAAAAACAUUGUGAUACUUAAAACAAACAAAUAAAUGCAACGGAAUAAUGAAAAAUAAAAAUUAAGUAAAUGCUAUUAAUAAUAUAAAUUUUAUUGACUUUCUAUUUAGUUUUUAAUAUUUUGCGAUUAUUUUCCAUUGUCCUAGUUUUCUGUAUCUUCCAUAUCUGCACAAAAAUCGCUUGAACAAAAGAGAAUUUAAAUUUUGCAUUUCAUCUUAUUUUUGUCAAAUGUGACAUCGAGGUAUUGUUUGUACAUGUGUUUUACAUAAAAUAAAAUAAACCGCGUUACGAUAUUCCUAACGUUAUUUGUUUCAAUUUGGCUAUUUUAUGUGAGGUUUUUUGCUAUGUGUGUAAAGUUACACUUUACUAAACGAUUUUAAACUUAGUAAAGUUUUCGAUUACUGAAUUAAAUACGAAUUGUUUUUAGUAUAUUUCCUACUAUCAAGUAAUAUGUUGGAAAUGCUUAAGGAGGAAACUGGUAAACCAAAUGUUCGAAUGAAAAAAAUGGAAAAAAUUAAAUUGUAAUAAAGAAAUCAUCUUAUUUAUUAUUUUUCUUAAAAAUUGAACUUCGGUUUUUCUUAUUCGAUAAUUCAUUUGAACAAUAUUUCUCCUUUAAUAAUUAUGAGCAUACUUAUGUUUUUAUCUCGGUUUUUAGAGUUUUACUCGAUCAACAAAUUUCUAAAUUGUAAAUUGUUGUGACAAUGUAAUAUUUUAUUCAGUCUUCUACUUUUUUAACAUUUGUGCUAAUAUUUUUUAAAAUUUUGACACGUCUAUAAAGCAUUUUUUGACUCAAUAAUCAUUAUUACUUUUUUAUUUAUUUGCCAUACCUACAUUUAAGUAAUUUAGUUUAGUUUUGGCUUAUAUUUUUCUUUAUAAAAUCUGAAACGGGGCCCUGCAGCUUUGGAGCAAUUCGACACUGGACUUCAUCUCAUGUUUAUCUUAUUAAGUGUUUAAAGAAAUAACCAAAACUUUUUGUGAAAUUUAAAUUGUGGCGAGAAUUAUUAAAAUUAAGUGAUGUUAGCAAGUUUUUUUGACGUGGAAACCACACGAGUCAAUUUAAAACAUAGUACGUUCGUGAAAAAGUGUGAGUAUUCAGUUUGUAUGAAUUUUCCAGCUGCUAAGCGCCAUCCGCCGAACCAACAACGUUGAUUCUGAUAAAAUGCGUUUGCCGAAAGACGUGGUCGUUCGGCACACAGAAAGUCACCUGUUUGCUAAAAGUAAAAUGCAUGAAGUAUCCUGCAGACUAGUAUAUUAGAACAAAUAGCGAGAUAGAACAAAGUGCAAGUUAGGCCUAAGAUAAAAACUCUUACUAAUCUAUGAGUUUGCAGGACCAUUUAUAUCUUAAAAUCGAUUGAAUAUAUGCCACAUGAACUUAACGAAAACGACUUUACAACUCAAGUCCAGUGCGAUGUUUUAACGGAAAGCGCUGAAAGAGUUACUUAAUGUGCUCAAAUACUCUAUUUAUUUUUUAAUGACAAAUAAAAGCACGUUGUGUAAUCUUUCAGAUGUUUCUUCUUUUAAUUGACUAAAAAUAGUUUUUUUUAUUAUUUCAAAGACUGAUCAUGUUGUAUAACCGUUUUAAAUGCAAAAACGAGCCGUUUUUGUAAAUUUGGUAUUGGUAAUUGGCGAUAAAUGUAUUGUUUUUAAAGACACUUUCAAUUCUAGAAAUUGACCAAAUCUAGUCAUAUCGUGUUUCUAAAAAAACAAACAUUUUUCAAAUUUCAUUGUUAUACGUUUUAGAAAACAUGCAACAUGAGUCUGUAAAAUUAUUUAUUUAUUUGCGCGACUAGAGGUGUUCGUGUGGAUAAUUCGACUUUGUAUAAUAUAAUUAAAAAUGAUGUAAUGAAGGAGACUCUACACUGUUAGCUGUGAUCUACAAUAUGGAUGUCUUAUCAUUAAACAAAGGUCUAUUGAUUAAUUUAUAAAUACUCACGAUUACCUUUUGGUCAAAUUGAUUUGGUGUAAAUUUAAUCAGCUAUUGUGUGCUUGCAAAAAGUUAAACUUGAACAAAAAUGUAUGGUACAAGAAUUCAAUUAACUUUCCAUCCCAGUUUUUAUGUAAAAAUAAAAAUCAAAAAUAUCAUCCACGAUUGUUUUGUUACCAUUCUAGGUAGAUUUGUCGCGUUAUAUGUAUAUUUUAUGCCACAUGAAACUAUUUCGUUUGUAAAUUGUAUAAUGACGUUUGUUUUUAAUAUUGUACAGUGAUUUUUUAUUAAGUAGUUGACUGAACUAUUAAAUAAAGCAUAUGUGUUAAUUUAGUUAUGUUGCAUCAGUGAAUUGACUAGCUUAGAUACGAUUAAUUUAUUUUUAGUUAAGUGAGUUUUUAGUGAUAAAAGAAUGGAAUUAGCAGGGAGGAUGAUCUCAUCUUGUCUGAAUAGCAUAAAAUAGCAAUAGAAAAGUGUACAUUGACAUGCUUUUAUUUUCAUCCGUUCACGAUGCAACAUUCAUAGAGUACCUAUUUAUAAGUAGAAUGUAAAAGAAUAAUGAAUAUCAAUUAUAUCAUAUAAUUUAUGUUAAAAUAGGUUUCACAAAUUCUUGCCAUGAUGAAUCCUAGCCUAGACUGAAAUUAUAAAUAUUGCUUUGUUACGUAAUGAGAGUAGAGUAUAUGAAGUGUUUUAGUUGUAAAGGAUGUAGUUACACACACUUUAGGGGUUAAAACUGCAAUUCUGUAACGAAGUCUGUUAUAUUUUUACCGAAAGUGCUCAUGCUGUUAUCAAAUUAGGUGACGUAACUUUGGGAAAUGCUUUUGACGAUGAGAGCGAUUUUAACAAAAUCAUUUCUUAUUCACAAAAUUACGAUUUGUUGAAAAUUUCCUUCACAGUCAUAUUCACCUUAUAAGUAGGGAUUUUUUUCAGAAUCAUGUAAAUAAAUGUAGAAAAGUGCCUAUUUUAAAUUGCGCAUCGCUACCCUCUUGGUCAACUAUUAGAGUAAUCUCAAAUUAUUUAAUGUUUUAACUGUUGUUAUAAUUUGGUUUAUAAUUGAAUAAAGCUGCAUUUUUACAGUU